CAAGCACUGAGCCGAGCAUCUGAGAACCUUGGAGACGCCACCGGUUUGAUCCGACGCGCCAGAACGCACCGGCACACGGACACACACACGCCCUCCCGAUCCACCUGAAACCCCCAAGCCGGUUAAUUGUUCUGUUUGAAAGCCAAAGAAAGGGAGUCUGAACCCCGGUUCAUUCGCAGCCAGAACACCGUGUUCCCAUGAUGUCAUACCUGUGGAUUCUGCUAUUAGGGAGCCUGCUGGCUGCAGGCGCCAAGGCACAAGAUGAGGUAGCAGUGGAGGAAGAAGCUUCUGGGACCCCGGUACCUGAAGUAGGCGCAGCACCAGGGGUGAAUGGAGAACCUGCCACUGACGAGGAAACUCACCAUACAGCCGAGGACCCAACACCAGCGGUGAGUGAGCCCACUACUAAGCCAACUAUAGUCGAAGUAAAUGAAUCAGUGGAUCCUGCCGAUGGAGCCGCAGAACAAACAACUCCUGCUGAUGGAUACACAGAACCAGUGACUCCUGCUGAUGGCGACGCACAACCAACAACUCCUGCAGUAGAGGGUUCAGAUCCAGUGACUCCUGCUGAUGGAGACGCCGAACCAACGACUCCUGCAGUAGAGGGUUCAGAUCCAGUGACUCCUGAUGAUGGGGGCACAGACCAAGUGACUCCUGCAGCAGCUGCAACAACACAAGAGCCUGCACCUGAGGAGACUACCUUAAGCACUGGCACAACACUUGCCCAGGAGAGUGGACACAAUGACGAGGCCACACCAACGACAGAUCCAGCUGCAGAAGAUAAUGAGAAACAACCAACUGAUGUAGACCGAGUCGAAAGUGUAACACGUCAUGCAGUGCAGGGGGCUGCACCUAAUGAGAAUACGGAUGUGGGAUUGAACUUGAAUAAAGUGACUUCAGAGCCCAACCCAGCAAAGCCAGGAAAGAGCCGCAUAUAUGAAUCUGGACCACAAGCUGCUGGCGCCAUAGGAGAUGCAGACCAACCUAAAACCCAAGGGGCCAGCUCCGGCUCUUUAGCAGGCAUCGUGAGUGCAAUUGCUGUGGCUGUAGUGGGAGCAGUCGUAGGAUACUUCACUUAUCAGAAGAAGAAACUGUGCUUCAAAAAUAGACAGGAACAAGAUCCAGAAGCUGCCCGCAAAGCUGAUCCAGAGGCUCAGUCCAAUCCGCAGGUCCUUAGCAACCUGCUGAACUCCUCCUAGACCAGCAAUGAUCACAUGACUGUCUGAACCAACUACAGGCAAGAAAAGUGGCAAUCUCACUGUCAGGCUCUAUGUUCUGUAGAGCUAAAUUACUGUGAGGCCCCAGACCGUGUGUGUGUGUGUGUGUGUGUGUGUGUAUAUAUGUGGGGGAAAUGAGUUGGCUAAGAAAAAGAAAGUAAAUACAUGUGCAUGUUAGAGGUUUUAUGAUUGUUACGAUGAUUGGUUAGACUUUCUUCUUUGAACCAAAUCCUACAACUAGACAAGUGGACAUUAAAGAGAUUAAAUCUCAAAUUAAGUGUGACACUGAGAAGGCUAUCAAGUUCUAGUAAUUCAGUAUGGAUAUAAACCAGUGACAGAUAUUGGUGUUGUAAACGUUUAACUUUGUACUGAAUUCUUACAAGUGGAUUUUUUUUUUUUUAUUGUCUGAAAAAUCCACUAGUAAAGUAAAAUAUAUUUUUCUUUUUCAGUGUAAAUGUGUGCAGUAUAAAGGCAGUAUAAAUGGAUAACAGGGGGCUACAAUAACUACCACAGUGAUUUCUGGAUUCUGGCUAGGAAAACAGUAUAGGAUUCUAGGGUUGCUGUUACAUGGUCCAAUGUGUGUUGAGUGGGCCAUUGAUGUCACUGUGUGUGUGUGUGUGUGUGUGUGUGUGUGUGUGUGUUUUGACUGGUGAAGGGGCUUCGUUUUAAAUCAUGUUGGGUGACUUCCAUUCUUCUUUGUUCAAUAAAUGAACUGAGAGUGAAAUUUUCAAUUAAACACCAAAAAACAAACAAACAAACAAAUGAAACAAACCCACUGCACAUUGAUUCAAGUAUUCAAAAGAUGUCAAAUUAUGUGACAAUAUUAUCCCUUCACUUUUGAAUGCAUAUAUUUUCAAAUUUUCUGAGUGGUGAUUUGAUUUGAAGUGAAGUCCAGCCCAACCCUGUUUCUGUCAACAGAUGAAUUUUCACUUGACAUGGACAUACUUCAAAAGCGGUCAUGUAGUAUUGUAUUAGACAUUGUUCUGAUGUAGUACGUGUCAGUCUAGUUGUGAUGCAGUAAAUUUUCCUCUAUAGUGCCUUUCACUGACACAGCCUGGCUUGGCCAAUCUACAGACACACAGGGAAGAGAGCUGAGACAUAAAAAGUGAAAACAGGCAAAAUAGUCGAUGAAUGUAUCACAAUAAAGACAAUUGAGGAAUGUAUGAUCUUAGUUGAUCCAUAAAUUAUCAUUUUGUGUAUAUGAAACUGUUACAUUAUUGUACAUUAUUCCAACUGCUACUGUAUAUCUGUUCACCGUGGGCCAGUUUGCUUUUAACAGCCUACAUUAAUUUCAGCUUUAAAACUCUCAUUGUGUGUCUUUUUAUUCGAGCAAGCCAGUUGCUGUCACAGUGUUUCUUUGUAUUGUUCAUAUUUCCAUGUUACAAACACCAUUCACCUGUGAUUUUUAUAGGAAUUUUACAUUUAGCAGUGUUGCCUCAGAGCAGACACAGGUAGUCUUUAGUCAACUUGUUUGCUGUGGUAUUUUGUGAUAUUAUUGUGAAAUGCCUCAGAAGCAGUGGUACUGCGUAUAAAAAGCCCAACUGUUGUUUGUGUUUGUUUUUUGCCUUCUAUAGCACAAAAAAUAUUAACUUCUGAAUGUCUUUUUGUUGCCUUGCAGUUUUGUAUUUGCUCUGCUCCCUUUAAACUUUGAUAAUAGGGGUGUAGAGGUUGCAUAGUGCUGCAGUUCAUGUAAUGUGUGUUACUUGUAAAGCACCAUAUAGCUGCAAUACAGGACAGAGACUGUUGCUAACAGCCUAGCCUCAAGCUGAGAAAUAUAAAUAGUCUGUGAUGUCACAUAUCGAUUAAUCCUACUGUAUAAAGUGUGGGCUGGACGCCAGGUCAAAAGCUCUCUUUGAAAUGCCUUUUUAAUCCUGUGAUCUGUGAUAGACUGAUUUUCUCUUGACACAUUGGAACUAAGUGGAUAGUGUGUGUCUGUAAUCAAUGGCAUGGCGUGAUAAUGCACAAAAUACCCGUUAAAUAAUAGUACAAGCUUUCGGAUGUAGCCACUAAUGCCUUUAAAACAAAACAUCCUCCUUUUAACGCAGUAUUCGCCCCUUUCAAGAGCACUAUGCUGUCCUGCAGUGCACAUUCUGAAACCUUACUGGGACUGAUUUGAUGUAAAGGAGACUGAAACAACAAUAAAUCUCUAAACCUGGAACAAGGACUGCUUGUGUAUUGAGCAUUAUGGUUCACUCUACAUUUAGUCCAAAGCAGUCAGAUUCCUUGUGAACGAAAACGAAUGGAGAACAGCAUCCAGAACAGAAUGUAAACCAAGAAAAUCUUAGACUUUCUGGGUCCUGAAGUGCACUUCCCAGAUAAUGCUAAGGAAUCAAUCAUGGCGCUGAACAGUCCUACCUUAUACCAUCUCUUGAAUAUUCCAGAGAGGAAAACGAAGAACAAUGUCAUCAUCAGAAAGAGAGAUUAAAAACAAGCAGAGAUGUUUUGCAGGUGAUUUUAAGAACACAAUCUCUAUGGGAGAAGCACUUUCCUAUCCUGUAUACAUCUUGAUUCAUUAAACAAAUUAAGAAAAUUAAUUUUUGAUUUAGAUUAGUGACUCUUCCUUUUUUUUUAUUUAAAUAUUCUGUGUUUUUAUUUUGUGUAGGAACUGUCUUCUUCAUUUUUGUCAUCUGGCACUUGUGGUGUUCUUCUGGAAUUGUGUAAAUAAUGUUUGAGUCAAUUAAACCGUUUUCGUGGGA